UCUGUGACGAUUGUAUAAAAAGUGCCGUAAUUUUCGCAAUUUUCCGGAAAACUUUGCCUAUUGUUUCUUGGGAAAUUGUGCGCUAAUAGAAACUGAUCGACAAUGGCAUCGAGUCCGCAAGAGGAAUUAGAACUUUUGGAGCGUGUCCUGCUUCGGCUUGGAUGUGCCGAUACGGACGAACAGCUGCAAAACACGGUGACCAAGUUUCUGACGCCGGUGCUGAUCAAGAUCACCUCCCCCUCGGAAGCGGUCCGCAAGAAGGUGAUGGAAAUCCUAACGCACAUCAACAAGCGAUUGAAGUCGAGGAAUCAGAUCCAGCUGCCGCUGGGGCCCUUGCUGCAGCAGUACCAGCAGUCCAGUUCGACGUUUUUGAUUAAUUUUGCAAUCAUCUACGUCACGAUGGGUUUCCCUCGCUUGACGGUGGAGGAACAGACCGAGUUGGCUCCCCAGCUAAUGAACUGCUUGGAAGGGAAACCGCAGCCGCAUCAGGAUAAGAUCUUGAUGCUGGUUCUUCCCCUUUUGGGUGAGAUCAAAAUACCGGAAAAUCCGGAAAAUCGUUCGGAAUUGUUGGGACUGUCUGGAAAGCCGCACACCAAACAGCAGCUGCUGUCGAUUUUGAUGGAUGUCCUGCUGCUGCCGUACGGAACAACCCAGGAUGGCGAAGUACCACCGGGGAUGAGUAGCUACUCUUUCAAGCGGGUUACGACCGAGCAACUGAAGGCGGAAGAGUUGGAACAGCUGAAGAAGGGAAUAGUGAGAUUUCUCUGUGCGGGGAUUUUCCCCGAAACGGAAAUGUUGGCCCAUUUGAUUGUGGCAUCGGCGGAUACGCGGUUCUCGGUGGCAACGCCGGCGAUCGUCGAGUUGAAUAAGAUUUGCUCAUCGCUUGAUUGGACGGAUCCAAAACUAUCGGCUCCGCUUUAUACUUUGUUCUCGGGAAAUGGUUCGAAGAUUCCGGAUCGCAAAACUAGUCCCGUGAGCACCCGGGUCCGGCAGAAGCUGUUUCAGCAUUUGCUCAAGUGCCGAGGAAAUGGCAUAAUUACGGCGAAGGGCAUCCAGGUCAUCUUUGAGGCACUUUUUGGGGAGAAUACCAACCAGAAGUGCAAGGUUCUUGCCUUGCAGUUUGCGGAAAAGUUGAUCACCAAUGGUCAACCGGAACUGAUCAACAAGUUGUCCAAAGUGCUGCUAACGGGAAUCUCCAAGCUCAUCGGUACAUCAUCGGAAGAGGUAAGCGAAGUUCAGAAUGCUGCCUACAAUGCCAUGGCUCAGCUAGCGAUCGUCUGCCCGACGACGGUCAAUCAGGAUGUUCAGCUGGUGGCUUCCUACUUUGACCAUCUUUCGCAAUCUCCCGCGGAGUUGCAUUCUUCGAUUCGCGAAGCCCUCGUGGCUCUGGCUCAAGCGUUAGAUUGGCGGAAGCAGCCCAAAGGCGUUCCCGUUGAAGCUGAACUGCCCAAAGACGGCAAGGAUCACGUCAUGACGGCCAACGGUAGGUUCGUUCCGAACUCGAAUCAGAUUCUCCUACUGGGGCUGCUGGGCGAGAAGGCAGAAUCUAAAUUGACGAUCGUGCAGAACGUAGCAUCGGUGUUUUUGACAACCUGCUUCCCGGACUAUUACGUUCCCUCGAGGUAUCUGCUGCUGAUCAUUUGUGGCGAGAGUGCCCAGCUGCGCGAAAUGAUGACGACCUAUUUGUACGGGGUUUCCAAGAAGGACCACAUCAACUACGGCUCGAUCAUCUCUGUUGAAGACUAUGAAGAAGAUUCCUCGGUAAGCGAGGCAAAGAAUCCAUUUUCCGCUACCAACGAACCCAGAAAGAUCGUUCUGCCCUGUUUCCGCGAUAUGGUCGAAUACGUUGCGUUGAAAUCUGAGCGAAAGAUUGCCACUAUCAUGGAUCGUCCUGGCUACGGAAAGAUCAAGCUUCCGUACAACUUCGGUACCUACAUCGAAGUGCUGGACUAUCUGAGGAUCUGUUUGUUAUUCAACGCCGGGGUCAAUACCCAUCCCAAUGACGACAAGGAAAUGAUCAAGCUGACAGGCUUCCUCAAGCACUUUGUCGCCGAAUCCAGUAACGAAGCGGUCAUUCACAAGUACAACGACCUCAUCCGAAGGCUGAUCAUCGUCCGGAAGGGAAUCACCGAACUGACAUGCCUCUACGAUCUGGUCAACGGCGUUCCGGAAGUGCUAGCCAAGGAGAACAAAGACCUCCUGAACACCCUCGGCUUAUCACUCAAGGAAAUUUCCGAACCCACGCGAGUCCUAAUAGCCAAGGUCUACGGAAUCCUGCUGGCCUACAACAGUGACGAAUCGGAACUCGAAUCCCAAAUUAAGGACCUUCUCGCGCUCGCCAACAAAUCCCUCGAAAACCGCCACGGCUCGAUCCUGGCCGCAGCGAACGCCAUCCACCGAAAACUCCUCCUCACUCCGGAACUCCAGCACUGGCAAGUCUACAAAGACCUCGUCUCCCUUCUGAUCUCCCUGCUCAACGACCAACAAUCCCUCCUCCAAUCUGCCUCCAUAAAAAGUCUCAGCCUGAUUGGCUCCACCUCUCCACUCCCUCUCCCUGCGGAAGCCACAGCAAACAAAAUGGAAACCGACUCGGACUGCCCCACCAAAACGUCGCUCUUCAAGGCACUCAUGACCCUGCUCCAGAGCGGUCAUACCAAGGCUAAAAUCCGCGAGGACGUUGCCCACUGCCUGGGUUAUCUGGCCGUAGGCGAUGUGGAAUUCUUCGCCAAACGACUGCUGGAAGGUUUCCUCGGGUUGCUCAAGAUGACCAAGGAUCCGGCGUUGCACAUCGCCAUGGGGCAGGCAUUGGUUUACACCUUGCAAGGUCUGUCCAGCGGGGACCGACAGGCGGAUCAGGAUUCCCAGGGGAACGUAAGUGACGAAACGUUGACCUGGUUCCUGAUCGAGCUGGUCCGGAAGGUGAACGAACCGCAUGCUUACCUGAAGCAGGCGUGCGCCAUUUGGCUGCUGGCAAUUGUGAAGAACUGCUCCAAGCGGUCGCCGAUCGAAGACAAUCGGCAGGUUUUGCAGCUGGCGCUGACGGAUUUGCUGUCGGAGGAUAACGAACUGGUCCAGGAUGUGGCGUCCCGGGGUUUGGGAAUUGUGUUUUCGCUUUCGACCAACGACGGCCAGGAGGAGCUGUCCAAUCUGCUGCUGGAUCAACUGGUGGGCGGUCGAAGGCAGGUGCAGAAGGUGGCCGAAGAUACGAAGCUGUUCGAGGAAGGUGUCCUGGGAAAGGCUCCCUCCGGUGGUAACCUAACGACCUACAAGGAACUCUGCAGUCUGGCAUCGGAUCUGAACCAACCGGAGAUGAUCUACCAGUUCAUGCAGCUGGCCAAUCACAACGCCACCUGGAACAGCAAGCUGGGUGCCGCCUUCGGGCUGCAGUCGAUCUCCAAGACGGCCAAACUCAAGAUGGAACCCUACCUGGGCAAGAUCGUCCCGCGGCUGUUCCGCUACAAGUACGACCCGACGCCGAAGAUCCAGAACUCGAUGAUCAGCAUCUGGGACUCGGUGGUCAGCGAUUCCAAGGCCACGGUGGAGGCGUACUAUUGGGAUAUUUUGGACGACGUUAGCAAGAACUUGACUUCGUCGGAGUGGCGGACCCGUAUCGCUUGCUGCCUAGCGGUUCGGGAUCUGAUCAAGCGCAAUGCCGGAUUGAAGCUGCGUUCGGAUGAUUUAAAGAAGAUCGACGGUGGCGAUGAGAAGAUGGAUGUGGAUGAUAAGACCGUUCCGGAACCGGAACUGGCCUUCUUGUGGAGUCAGCUGUUCAGGGUGAUGGAUGACAUCCACGAGGGGACUCGCAUGGCGGCUGAGGGAACGGCUAGCGCGUUGAGUAAGGUGUGCGUUGUUGCGGCGUCAAGUGAUCACAGCAAGUCGGGACUGAACGUGGCCAGUUCGAUAAUUCCGAUGUUUUUGGAGACUGGAGUUACAAAUACGGUGGCGGAGAUUAGGAAGCUGAGCAUCAAGACCCUGUCGGAUUUGAUCGAUUCGGCUGGGUCGUUGAUUUUGCCGCAUUUGAACAGCUUGGUACCGUGCUUGUUGCAAGCUACAGGAGAGUUAGAUUCUGCAAAAUUGUCCUAUCUGUCGACGAUGAUGGCCGGCCAGUCGGGAACUCAAGAGGUGGUAGAUUCUAUGAGGGCGGAAGCUGCCAAGCAGCACUACACCAUGGAGACGUUGUCCAAGUGCAUUCGUCACAUCGACUAUGCUACUUUGGAGAAGAUGACUCCGGCGGUGCUAGAUGUCAUGAGGACUGGUGUCAAUUUGGGAACGAAGGUUGCCGGUGCGCACUUUGUGUGCUUGAUAAGCAUCCAGAUGGGUUCGCAAAUGCAGCCACUGACCGGAAAGUAUUUGGGAUCGUGUUUCACGGGACUAUCCGAUCGGAAUGCAACGGUCCGGAAGUAUUUCGCCUCGGCGAUUGGACACCUCAUCGGUACGGCUAAAGAACAGUCGAUCGUUCGAUUGUUCGCGAAGUUGCAAGAAUUGUACUUUGAGCAGCAAUCCAACCGAGCGGUACCGCUGACGAUCCAAGCGAUCAACAAGCGCCACCAGGAGGUCUUGAAGGACUACUCAUCGAACAUCUUGCCGUUGAUGUUCUUUGCCAUGCACGAGGAGGUCACCGAAGACAACAAAUCCACGAUCGAGUUGUGGCAGGAAUUGUGGCACGAUAUCAACACCGGAGAUGCCGGUUUGAGGAUGAAUCUGGAUGCGAUCCUGCAGAUCUUGGAAAGCAGACUGAACGAUCCCUCGUGGUUGCUGAAAGCUCAGGCUGGAAAUGCCAUCAACACGCUGGCUACGAAGCUCAAUACCAACCUGGACGAUUCGGUGCGACUGAAGUUGAUCGACCUGAUUCUGGCCAACGUGUCCGGGAGAACCUUCCAGGGCAAGGAGAAGCUGCUGCAAGCCUUGGCUAGCUUGUGCAAGAACCUGAAGAAAGACACAAACCACUACGUUCAGAUCAUUGAUGCCGUCAUGAAGGAGUGCCGCAAGGAAGAACCGGUCUACCGGAUGCAUACCCUGAAAUCGCUGGGAAAUAUCCUGGACGAGUUGAAGGAGGAUCGCUUCGAAGAGGUGUACAACAUGGUUUGGCAUUUGCUCGACAAGCAGGACCUCUCCGAUGGCGACAAGGACGACAAGGAGGUCGUUUCGUCCGAUGAAAAGAACAAACAGAUGAUGAUCUUUGUCAAUUUGAAGGAGACGGUCUGCGAAACGCUGGGCAAGGCCUGGCCAGAGCACUCGAUCGAGACCCAGAAGCGCUAUCAGGUGAUGUUUGUGGAGAAAUGCGUGCAGUGUUUGAAGCUAAACACCCGGCAGGUGCAGAUUUGCUUGCUGCAAGCGUUGGGACGGUUCCUGGAGAGGUUACAUCUGCUGAGGAAGCAGGGCGAUGUUCAGGUGGUGGAGGAAAACAAGGAGAAGAAGGCCAAGGUCGACGAGGAUGGUGGCGAGAUUUUGGAGAACAUCUGUAAGACUGUGCUGUCGGCGAUCGUGGAUGUGGCAGGAAUCCCGCACACUGGACUGAAGAAGGAAGCCCUGAACAUCAUGCUGAUUCUGAUCAACAAGCUCAAGGCAAAGGAACCGGCCAAUGGGACGGAACUUGCGAUGGUUCGGCAGACCUUCGAGCAGAUUACGGCACUGCUGCAGAAGGACGCUGCACCGGAGGUCAAAUGUCGUUUGAAAGAUAUCGAAGAUAAACUCAAGUAAUCGUGAGUAGUAUAACUACGUGCAGC